AAUCCAGACACCUUCAUCACGAGUUUUAUGUGCUUCUCACGGAGCUAAAUCCAGACACCUAUCCCUUAAAAUGUUUAGCACCGUUCGUACGAAGGUAGAGAGAGAGAGAGAGAGCGAGAGAGAUUGAAAAGAACAAGUCAUUCCCGCCUCCGCGGCGUUGGCGCUUCUUCCUGUUUCGGUAAACUUUACUCCAUAGCCACACAAUGUCUUCCAAAGCCAGAAACUAAAAAUGAUUAAAAAAAAAAUCAAUGGAUGUACGAGCAUGUAAUGAAAUUCUCUGUUUUCAGAAGUUUUUUAAAACAUGCUCCCACGUCUUUUUCCAGUUCAGAGAGGAUUCGAGAAAUUCGAGCAAAAGGACAUAUAUAAAUUCUCAACAUUUUAGGGUUUUUAUUCGCUAUUGGUUUCUGCAACAUCAUGAGCUUCACCAUGGAUCGUUUGGAUGAAGAGAUAGGUGAAGAUGGCAAUGGUAACAUUAUCAGUGACAACGAUGGAGAGGCAGGGGAGGAAAGUGAGAAUGAGAGUAGCAGUUCGGCUUCGUCGUCUCCUACUUUCUCUUCUCGGCAAUGGCCACAGAGUUACAAGGAAACUAUUGAUUCCUUCACGAUAGCUGCGUCUCCAAACAUCGGUUCUCUUCUUCGGGUCCCUAGUAUUAUGUAUUCAAGUUUUGACCUUGGUACCAAAAGUAAUCAGGACCUUGAUGGGAAAUCUCCAUUGCUGUGUGACUAUGAAAGAUUAUAUCAGCAAAAAGAUGAAUCAGAAUUAAGAAUACAGUCAAUUUUUUCAGAGAAGUCCUACAUGCAUGAGCAGCUGAGUGGAGAACUACCGAUUGGUCAUGGUUGUAGCUUAACUCAGACAGUUUUCAAUGGGAUAAAUGUCUUGGCUGGUGUUGGUCUUCUUUCUACACCAUUUACUGUGAAAGAAGCUGGUUGGGCAAGUUUGUGCGUCCUACUCUUUUUUGCUGUUGUUUGUUGUUGUACAGGCAUUUUCUUAAAAUACUGUUUUGAGAGCAAGGAUGGAAUCUUGACCUACCCGGAUAUUGGAGAAGCUGCUUUUGGAAGAUUCGGACGGCUUUUCAUAUCUAUCGUUUUGUACACUGAGUUAUAUUCAUAUUGUGUGGAAUUUAUUAUUCUAGAAGGUGAUAAUCUUACAAGGCUAUUCCCUGGAGCAUCUUUGGAUUGGAAUGGGUUUCAUUUGGACUCUAUGCACUUCUUUGGACUUUUAACCGCUGUUAUUGUUCUACCAACUGUUUGGUUGAAGGAUCUCCGUGUGAUUUCUUUCCUUUCAGCUGGUGGAGUGAUUGCAACAAUUAUGAUAUUUCUUUCAGUCUUUUUUGUUGGUACUUUGGAUGGGAUUGGCUUCCAUCAAAAAGGUUCUGCACUGAACUGGAGUGGUCUCCCAUUUGCUGUUGGAGUUUAUGGGUUCUGCUAUUCUGGGCAUACAGUGUUUCCGAAUAUUUACCAGUCAAUGUAUGAUAAAACACAAUAUAACAAGGCAUUGAUAAUAUGCUUUAUCUUGUGUACUGCAUUAUAUGGAGGUGUUGCGACAAUGGGAUAUCUCAUGUUUGGUGAAGGUACUCUGUCUCAGAUAACUUUGAAUUUGCCAAAGCAUUCUUUUGCUUCCAAAGUUGCUUUGUGGACAACAGUUAUCAAUCCUUUCACAAAAUAUGCUUUGUUGAUGAAUCCAUUGGCCAGGGGUUUGGAGGAGCUUCUCCCUGCUAGAUUCUCUAAUGAUACUUUAUGUUUUAUGCUACUGAGAUCCGGACUUGUCGCUUCAACUGUCUGCGUUGCUUUUGUUAUGCCAUUUUUUGAUCUUGUGAUGGCUUUAAUUGGUUCUCUCCUUAGCAUACUUGUGGAUUUGGUGACGAAGAGGAUUAUUGGUAGUGGACAUGAGGAGAGCAGACUCUAUUGCAUUGACUGCUGUUAUAAUUCCAUCUCUAUGUUUUCUAAAGAUAGUGAGGAAGAAGGCAACCCGAUCACAGGUAAUUUUGAGUGUCUCAAUAGCUGCAUUGGGCAUCAUCAGUGCUGCUCUAGGAACAUAUUCUUCACUGUCCCGAAUCGUGAAUAAAUACUGAAGUUCUCGAAGCGACUCAACAGCCAGGUAUUUCGAAUGUGUGGGUUCACCUUCACGUGAUGGGAAAUUGUUCUUGCCUUGCACCUUAAAGAAGCUCCAGAUGUAGUAUAUGUUCAAAAUAAGCCUUUUUCUGGUAUUGAGAAACUUUAUUAUUUUGGUGAGUACAACUUGAGGCAUUAGCACCUGCAUGAUGAUUGUAUGACUACUUAAUCAUGGUAAUUUUGAUCACAGUUUCAGUUUUAUUAACUGUAGCUGUAGUAGACAGUUCAGGUAUGUAGAAUAUGAUUAUUGAUUAGACUGGUCAUUUGUAUGCCCGAUUACAGUGGUUAGAUGACUAAAUCUUGCUA